AUGGCGCCAAUCGACCACGCCGCCGCCAAGGCCGAGAAGAAGUUGAAAAAGGAGAAGAAGCGAUCACGGGAAGAAGAUGCAGUUGCCGAUACCGAGCGAAAGCACAAAAAGUCAAAGAGCGUUGCUGCUUUAGAGGUUCCUGCGACUGAAGCCACUAGCGACUUGAAGGCCGAGAAGAAAAAGAAGAAGAGCAAGAAGGACAAGCACGCCGAAGAGGCUGAUGCGCAACAAGAGACCGAGACUGCUGCAGUAGACGAGCCUAAGCCAGAAAAGAAGCAUAAAAAGAAGAAGCAUCACGAUGUGGAAGAAGUUGCUGCGCCCGAGGAGGCAGACACCCCGGCUGUAGCGGACGGCGAGAAGAAGAAUAAGAGCAAGAAGAAGCAAAAAGACACCGAAGCGACAGAUAGUUCCGAACAGCACAAGAAGUCCAAGAAGGAUGCGACAGCUCCCGAACAAACUGCGGAAGACGCUUCGCCCGCCGAUGCUGAUGCUAUGGACAUUGACAUGCCACCCCCCGCCAAACCUUCAAAGUCUAGCUCCAACAUUUACCAACCGCCUGAUAUUCCUGCGAACCCUCAAUUCCCCUUCUUCAUCCAGACCGUGUCGCUUUACGAGCCACUCUUCCCCAUUGGCUGGGCGCAACCAGUUACCAACUGCCAGUACCAACAUCUGCAACACCUCCUGAAUAAGUACGUGCCUUCGCUGCGCGGUGUUCUUCUCGACUAUAAGAACGUCGCUUUUGGCGAACACCCCGGACGCAAUGGCGCAGCCACCGAUGAUGAGUCGCCGGCGACUGUCAUGGCCAAGGGUGAGGCCGCCGUUGGCUUUGGUUGGAUCACAGCCGAUGUCGAGCUUUUUGUACCAAGCCGUGGUGCCUGGAUGGAGGGCAGCGUCAACCUGCAGACCGAAGGACACAUUGGCGUUGUUUGCUUCGGCAAGUUCAACGCUUCGAUCGAGGCUCGUCGACUCCCCGCCGACUGGAAGUGGAUCCCCAAUGAGGCUCCGGAGGCGCAAGGCUUCGAAGAGACCGCCUCAGUCAUCACCGCUGAUGAUCAUGGUGUAGUCCGACAAGUCCACAGCACCGGCUUCUGGGCCGAUGGAAACGGCGACAAGGUUAAGGGCAAGAUUCGUUUCAGGAUACGCAACUUCGACGUUGGCACCAGCGGCGAGACCAGCUAUCUCAGCUUGGAGGGUACCAUGCUCGAUAAGAUGGGCGAGAAGGCUGUUGUGGCCGAGGAGGCAGAGACUGCCAAGAUGCGGAAGGGCAAGCGGGGCCAGAAGGUUCAGAGAAGACGCAUCCCCGAAUUUGCAAUGACGCGCUUCACUGUCGAUGAAGAGGAGCAGGCGGUGGAAAAUGAGGAGGAGAAGCGCGAGGUUCUGGCGCUACCUGAGGAUCAAUAA